AUGGCCAGGCUUCCGGUCCUUGCUGCGGCCGCUGUUGGCUGCCUCCAUGCAACCACUGCCCUAGCCUACCCAGGUGCUAAGAGUGCCGAGCUUAGUAAAGAAUACGAUUAUAUCAUUGUCGGUGGAGGUGCAGCUGGUCUGACAGUUGCAAAUCGUUUGUCUGAGAACCCUGCUGUAACUGUCCUCAUCAUCGAAGCUGGUGACUUUGAUGCCAAUGAAGACUUUGUCACAAUUCCUGGCCUCGCUGGCGGCGCUGUCGGUACCAAAUACGACUGGAACAUCACAUAUCCCGCCAGCGAGUCGCUUAACGGGCGGAGCGUUUCGAUCCCCCAAGGCAAGGUCGUGGGAGGCUCAACUAAGCUGAACCGAAUGGUUUUUGACCGAGGAUCGAAAGCAGACUAUGAUGACUGGGCUGAGCUAGGUAACAAGGGCUGGGACUGGGAUACUCUUUUUCCCUACUUCAAGAAGGUAAGGUAACUGAGCCAGACUCAACCAGUGCCAAUAGGUCACGGUAUUUUACGGUAUUGGGGUUUGAUGUUGUCAUGGAUCGAUGACUGUGUCUUUUGCUGUUUUGGCUGAUGAUCCCUGUUGGAGACGUCACUGAUGACAAGAGUCAAACGCUGACUUGGAGCUUUAGAACGAAAAGUUCACUUCUCCCAAUGCCGAUAUCAAGAAGGAGUAUGCCAUUACUACGGAUGCGUCAGCUCAUGGUACUUCGGGCUACAUGCACUCAAGCUACUCACCCUUCUUUUGGCCUACCACAAGUAUGUUGAUUGUCCCAUUUUAAGCUCUACAAUGAACAGCUAUACUGAUGAGUCUGCCUUAGAGAACAUUGUCAAGGCGGUCCAAGAGCUUGACAUCACUGUUGCUCGAGACCAAGCCAACGGAAGUCCGAUCGGAGGAUACUUCUGUCCUCACAACCAAGAUCCCAAAACGCUGACGCGGUCCUCUGCCCGGGAGGCCUACUACGAGUCGGUAUCCAGCCGGAAGAAUCUCAAGAUAUUGACCGGCCAGCAAGUCACACGAGUACUCACCAAGAAGUACAAGAGCACAGUCAAGGCCACAGGUGUAGAGGUAAGGCGUCAACAUACCGUGCGUGUCCGUCUAGCUAACUAGUGAUACUAUAGUUUGCCAAAAGCAGAGACAGUUCUCCUCAGACAGUCAGUGCCAAGAAGGAGGUUAUCCUUGCAGCAGGAGCAAUUCAUUCGCCCCAAAUUCUCCAAGUCUCUGGCAUCGGCGACUCGGCCCUUCUCUCUAGCAUCAACGUAGCUACAGUCGUGGACCUCCCCGGAGUCGGCCAGAACUUCCAUGAUCACGUCUUGCUCGCUGUAGUCAACCAGAGUAAGUGGUGCCAUCCAUGCAGAUCUUGUCAACUCAUUAGAGACUAACGUGGAAGUAGUCAAAGCACCUAUUCAGAACAGCAACCUGACCAGCAACGCCACCUUUGCGGCCGAGGCACGAGCUCAAUAUGACAGUCAGAAGAAGGGUCCCCUAACAAGCCCCACCGGUGAUUUUCUAAUCUUCCUGCCCCUCUCCGACUAUUCCAACGCCGCUUCGGACAUUCAUAAACAAGCAGCCAGCCAAGACGGCACCAAGUUUCUGCCGCCUGGCACGCCCGCCGAUGUAGCCAAGAGUUACCAUAAGCAGCAAACGCUUCUUAGCGAGAAGCUGCUUGACAAAAAGACUGCUAUUCUCGAGCUCAUCUGGGGUGACGGCGUCUUUGUCCUCGGUCUCCAACACCCAUUUUCACGAGGAUCCGUCAAGGCUAAAUCAUCUAGCAUCUUUGAUGCUCCUGUAGCCAACCCAGAGUUUCUUAGGAACCCACUUGAUGUUGCCCUUUUGACUGAAGGUAUUAGGUUUGCCCGAAAGCUGGUCGAGGCACCCUCUAUCAAGAGUCUUGCGCCUGUUGAGGUCGUCCCUGGAGCCAAUGUGACGUCCGACGAUGAUCUAGAACAGUUCAUUCGCUCCAGCGCUGGAACAUUGUUCCACCCGGCUGGGUCUAAUAGGAUCGGCAAGCGUGAAGAAGGCGGUGUCGUCGACGAGAAUCUCAGGGUCUAUGGUGUUGAUGGGCUCCGGAUUGUUGAUGCUAGCGUGAUUCCUUUGCUUCCUGCUGCGCAUACUAUGACGACUGUAUAUGCUGUAGCUGAGAGGGUAAGUGACUUGAUCCCGCGAUGAGUACCUAGACGAAAGAUUGCUGACCAUAUGUACAUGCAGGCUGCGGACCUUAUCAAACGGGGAUAG